AUGAAUGGAAUUGAAGAGAUUUGUUCUGCUAAGGUUAGAGAGAACAUUGACAAUCCCUCUCGUGCUGAUAUAUACAACCCACACGCAGGGUGUUUCAGCACUAUCAAUAGCCUCACUCUGCCUAUUCUCAGCUUCCUCAGACUCAGUGCUUCCAGGGGAGUUCUCUACAGAAAUUCCAUGAUGGAACCUCAUUGGUACAAGAACGCACACAGCAUAAUCUACAUAACAAGGGGUGAAUCAAGAAUUCAAGUAGCAGAUCAUAGAGGACAAGCAGUCCUAGAUGACCAAGUCAGAGAAGGACAAUAUAUAGUAGUGCCACAAAACUAUGCAGUAGUUAAACAAGCUGGAAAUGAAGGAUAUGAAUGGAUAGCAUUCAACACUAAUGACAAUGCCAUGAUCAACACUCUUAGUGGUCGUACCUUGGCUGUUCGGGGAUUGCCCGUGGAUGUCAUUGCCAAUGCUUAUCAGAUAUCGAAGGAUGAAGCGCAGAGGCUUAAGUUUAAUAGGGAGGAAACUCUCAUUUUCCCAGAGUUGUGUCUGCUUGAUGAGACUGAUUUUAGAUUUACUAGUUUUUUGCUUGAUUAUAAGAAGAGGACUUAA